GAGUGAAAUGGCAUUGAUUUGAGUGUCCACUCAAUUGUCCACCAAUUGGUCUCCAUUCACACCAUUCACAUGAUAUAAUGAGAUAAUGCCAUCCAAGAGAAGCCGAACCAAUUCACACGAUUUGUUGGCCAAUGGUUUGGACACUGAAUCGGAGCGCAAACGGAAGCCAAAGAAGUGUGGAUCAAGUGGUGAUCGCAACCAUCACACCAAUCAUAAGACAUCGCAAGUGGUGUCAAACCAGUCGACAAAUAGUGAGACAAUUGAUCCGCAAUUGAAUUAUACGCCAAAACUGUUUGUUCGCUGCCAUUGCAGAAGAAAUGAUCCGUUCGACAACUCGACGAACAUCUGGAGCGCAGCCUUUAUGCCGAAGACUAGUGAUGAUAACAAUGGCAAUAGAUUUGUGGCCACUUGUGGUGCAAAUAUGGUCUGUAUUAUCGACUGCGAGAAACAAAGCGAUGUCUCGCCAGUGAUGGCCAGAUAUAUAGACACCAAUGAGGACGAAGAGUUUGUAUCUCUUGCGUGGACUGUAAUGCCUGUCCAGUCAGUGCACACCAACACUACAGACAAGUCGUUGAUCCUCGCAGUCGGAGGAAAGGCUACUAUUCUUUUGAUGUCGAGUCUAAAUGAGUUUCAUUGCUAUGAGAGGAUUGGCGGACAUUCUGAUCAAAUCAAUGCUUUGCUCUUCACUUCAUGUGAUCUGCUCUUCAGUGCCUCUUAUGAUAAGACUAUUAAGUUGUGGAGGAUUUCAAGACCAGAUGACAACUCUAGCACUCAGUUGUUGACCACAAUUGAUAUGAAAGACAAUCUCUUGAGUCUAAGUUAUUCUCAUAAAUACGAGACAUUGUUUGCUUCGGGAUAUAAAGGACUGUAUUUGUGGUCAAAACCUUCAGAUUUAUCGGAUUUGUGUGAUUCAAAAGAGCAAACAUUUUCGGCUCAAAUGAAAACCAAAUACUUAAUGGACGGACUCGUUGUGCUGCCCGACGACCAGGACUUGAUUGCUGUUCGCAUAUAUUUGUCGAAAAUGAUUACAAUUCUUGAUCUCAAGAAAAUGAUGGCAGAGAUGACCAAAAGAGACAAUAGGAGUGAACCAAAAGCUAUAAGUUUACUGAAAGUGACGAAAACGAAACUCAAGUCAUUUGACGGCGAGUAUCCAUUCAUAUACUUAUCGGCGCACAAGAAUCUAUUGGUCAGCGGAGGACCUAAUGGUCAGAUACGGCUCUAUAAGACCACUGGAUUGAGGGCCAGGAGUCAUGAAAUGACAGAAGCGGACAAAAUGCUCGAAUGGCCGCCAAUUGAGAACAUUGUCAAAGACAACCAAACCGUUAUCGACGACAAGAAGCCCGUCAUUGUCAACACAGUG